CCUCCCCAAAACAUUCAUCAAAAUUACUACCUACAGCAAACCAUUUCUUGAGAGCUUCAAGUUUACGUCUAGUUGAGACGCUCAGUUCUUCACAAGGUAGACAUAAAAUGAGCAGUGGAGAUUGGAUGUGUGCUGCAUGCCAACACAUAAAUUUCAAGAAAAGGGAUGCAUGCCAACGAUGCAGCUGCCCUAAGUAUGCAACGUCGGCUGAUGUUGCCAUGUAUGGACUAAACAAAACAGAAGUCUUAGCUGGGGACUGGUAUUGCAGUGCUAUGAACUGUGGUUCUCACAACUAUGCAAGUCGAACAAACUGCUAUAGAUGUGGUGCCUUAAAAAGUGAUUAUUAUGGUAUCGGGACAGGAAUGAUGGCAUCAGCCGGCUAUGGAUAUGAUGCAAGUGCUGUUCCUGGUUGGAAGAGUGGUGAUUGGAUUUGCAGCAGAAUUGAAUGUGGUAUGCACAACUAUGCAAGCAGAGCAGAAUGUUAUAAAUGCAAGACACCUAGGGAUUUUGGAGGUGAUCUGAGAGAAAGUCAUUUAUAUUGAGCAACGCGGCAACCUGAAGUUAUUACUGAGGAUUUACCAGAACUCAUAACGUCAAUGACCCUUCUUCUUUUUCUUUUAGGCUCUUUUUUUUUUUUUUUUUUUUUUUUUUUGCUUUAACAGUUUUUAGUAGCAUUUCCCUGUAGUUGCUCAAAGAAGGGUUUUUAGCAUUGUAAUGGUGCAAAGUGUUCAAUGAAUGAAAUCCCUUCAGAUUUCGCAUUC